ACAUUCUUGCCUAAUGAAACUAUUUCUAUUUCGCUUUAUUUGUUUGCUGUCAUAAUCAUUCUUAUAAUCUUCUUAUCGUAUAAUAAUUAUUAUGAUUACGUCCUAUGACUCAUGCAUAUCUAGUCAUGCAUGUUAACCAAUGACAUCUUAAAUUUUGCCAAGUCAUUGGUUUUCCUGGCUGGCCCAGGCAACCCAUUCCAUGCUCUAGUCUAACUAGUCUAGGUCUAGACUCUACAAGUGACUAGACUAGAUGUAGUCUAAUAAUAGCACUAGUGACCUAGAUCUAGUGAUUAGGCAAGAAUGGCAAGAACUUCAGAAGCAUUGUUACAAAUUUGUCCUAGCAUAUGGAACGAGGAAUGUGCCUUUAUCUUUAUGUCCUUCUGAGUAUUUUCAGUGUUUUAUUAGGUUUUGUAUUUGAAUUUGAUGAUUAUUAUCUAUAUGUGACAUUGUCAUGCAGUAAAUAAAUCAAAGUGAAUGAAAUAAUAAAAUGUCAAUUAUGGACUAUAUAAAACCAGAAUUUGAUGAAAGUGUACAAGAAAACUAUGAUGAUAUAGCGACACAAAAGCAACCUAUAGACUUAAUGGUUGGAAAUCUGCAUCAGGAUGAGCAAAGAAUGAAGGUACAAGCACUAGAAAUGAAAUCCAAUGUAGAACUGUCAUCAGAUCAAAUAGAUCAGAUAGGACAAAGUCAUAGUAAAGCUUUCACUACAAAUACGCAACUAGAGAAUGGUUUCAUAAAAGAAGAACCAGAAAUUAAAGUUGUCGACUUAUCAUCAGACACAGACAACGGCAGAGAACCAAAGAGUUCUAAAGACUUUUGUACAAAUGAAGACCAAGAAAUAAAAUCAAAUUUAAACAGAGAAAUGAAACUGGAUUUAGACCAAAAAAUGUCACCCAGUGUUUACACAUCAGAGAGACGAGAUGAGAGAGAGCAAAGUGAUUCAGAAGAUUACUCUAUAGAAAUAAAUAAAAGUUUCAUCAAGCAAGAAGUUGACCAACAAUCCGAUGUAGAAGUGUCCUGGGACGGAGAAGAUCAGAGCACACAAAGUGAGCUGGAAGCGUUCUCCACAGAAACACAUGAUGCCAUUGUAAAAGAAAAACAAGAACUGCAAUCAGAUGUAGAAUUGUCUUCAGAUGGUACAGAUCAGAGAGACCAAAGUGAUUCACAGCAAUCCUGUUCAGACGGGGACAACAUUACCCACAAAAUCUCUGUCUUUUUCAAGUUCAGCACAUACAAAUGUCAGUUUUGCCAAAAAGAAUUCUCCAAAAAAUCAAAUUUGAGAAAACAUGUUGAGAUUCAUACCAGCCAAAAACAAUUUUACUGCCAAGUUUGUCAAAAAGAAUUUGCUUUGCUCAGGUAUUUAAAACAGCACCAAGCCAUUCAUGCAAAUGAGAAACGCUUUAAAUGCGAAUUCUGCCCAAAGGAAUUCACAGUCAAUUCAUAUUUAAAGAGCCAUAUGACAGUUCAUGUAAACGAAAAACAAUUUAAAUGUCAUAUAUGCUUCAAAGAGUUUUCUUUAAGUGCAUACUUAAAGAGUCAUCUAGCAAUACAUGCUGCGGAAAAACAUUUCAAGUGUCAAUUCUGUGAUAAAGAAUUCACUAGAAGCUCAGUCUUAAAGACACAUCUUGCCACUCAUGCAAGUGAAAAGCCAUUUAAAUGUCAAAUCUGCGGAAAAGAUUUUUUUUUCAGGCAACUCUACAUAAACCACCAGUUUGUACACACAGGUCAAAGUUCAUUUCAGUGUGAAGUCUGCCUCAAGUUUUUCUCCACGCGUGGUUCUUUGAAGAUUCACCAGGCAGUCCAUUCUGAUGUGAAGCCGUUUGAAUGCGAAUUGUGCCAGAAACAGUUUUUCAAACUCUCCAAGCUGAGAGUUCACCAGGCUCUCCACACGCGUGGGAAAAAAUUUGUGUGUAGAUUUUGUCAUGAAGAAUUCGUGACGGGAACCCAGUUGAGGAAUCACAGAGCUGUUGUCCAUGCUGGGGAAAAACCUUUCAAAUGUGAAUUCUGCAAUAAAAUGUUUUCAAAAAGCCAGCAGUUGAGCACCCAUCUGGUGGUCCAUACCCGUGUGAAACAGUUCAAAUGUGAUCUCUGCUUUAAAGAGUUUACCCUUGCUCAAAGCUUGCGGAACCAUCAAGUAAUUCAUAACGGCAAAAAAGAUUUCAAGUGUCACCUCUGUCCGCAAGAAUACUUUUAUAAGUCGUAUCUUCAGCGCCAUUUAGCCACUCAUACUAAAAUGUUUAAAUGUAGGUUUUGCGAGAUGGAGUUCUCUACGCAGUCUUCCUUAAGAGAACACAGAGCGAUUCACACUGGUAGAAAGCGUCGCAUUUGCCUUCUGUGUAACCAGAGUUUCUGUGGAAGUUCUAAAUUCAUACGUCUGCAUCUGCAAAACCAUUUGAAUGAGAACGUCUGGCGGUGCAAUGUUUGUCACGCUCUGUUCUACACAAAGGCAACCAUGCGUGAACACGCGUCUGCUCACUUCAACAGGAACCUGUUCCACUGCUGUGACUGCAACGCAGCGUUUCUGAAAAGCAAAAAUCUCAAGAGGCAUUUGUUGGCUCACAUAAAAGAGAAUCUCUACAGAUGCACCGUCUGUAACGCUGUGUUUGCCAAGAGAAAACUGAUCCAGAGGCAUGUGCUCAGUCACUUAGAGAGGGAUUCUUUGACACAUAUAUAUGCGCUUUGAUGUUUUUCCUUUUAGUGUGUUAAGACAAUAGCCUCACAUUUGUAGGCAUUCUUCCAUUCUCAAAAGAGUUUAGUUAUCCAUAUAAAGUAAAGUUCCCCUUUCAGACCUUGUGGUCUAUAGGGCAGAUGAUGUAAAGGUCAUCUGUGGCCUCUGGUUAACAAGGGUGUCAUGUGGCCAGCACAAUGACCAGCCGCCUUUACUUUUCCCCAACUAAUGUCAGGUACGCAUUAGAGCUGGGUGGACUCAGAGGCGCCCAAAGAUCCCAAAAGUAGAAAUCCCAGCCUUCACCAGGAAUCGAAUCUGGAAACACCGAUUCGAAAGCCAAGCACUUUACCUCUCAGUCACUGCGCCUCCUAGUUAUCCAUGUGGCUGAAGAGUAUAAUCUCAUCUUUGUCUGUGGUCCAAAAUGGGGUCUAGGAAACCAACCAGCUUCCUCCAGUUGUUUCAGUUCUGGGUGAGUCUCUCCAACUGUCCGGAUGGCUUGUCCAUCUGCUUCCAAAGCAUGGCACCAUGUAUUUCUGGGUCAUUCCCUCUUUCCUGUGAGGACUUGUCUUAUUAUGUUGUGUACAGGCUUGUGAAGGGUCUGUCCUAUCCUUCUCCAGUCUGUCUGAAGGAUAUCUACUUCAAUGAGCUGCCCGGCUGUAGACUCACUUCAAAAGGAAUUCGUUUACACAUUAUUUUCAUUGUAUAAAGAAAAAAACACCCCAUUUUCUCACUGAAAGAUUUUUAUUUAUUUUUAAUUCACUACCAGUACACAUCCACAUACGACUGAACAGUGUGAAUUAGUGGGGAUGUGCCCUGUUUUUGAGUAUAACUAAGACAUGGCAGAAAUAAUUCAAAGAUAGUGUUGCUGCUAGAUAAUUAAGCAGUUUUAUUUGAGUGUAUUUAAUGCUAAUUAUGGAACUUUUUGUUCUGCGAAUAAAAAAAAUGUUUAGUAUUUCUUUUGAAAAGUUUGAUAGAAAUGUUGGUACUUCUAAUGAGAAGAAAUAAAGAGACUGUUUUAGUUAUCCAUAAAAUGUAUAAUAUGUUGAUACUUUGAGGGACAUUUUUAAAACUAAAUUGUUGUUUUACUCAUUAAUGAAGGAAAAGAUGCUGGAGACAUUUAGCAUGAGUAAAGCAGAAAAUAAUUUUAAUUUGAUUAGAAAUUAAAAAAAAAAAGGGAUAUGCUCUAUGAAAUAUACAUAUUUAUUUAGCUGCUAUUGCAGUAUUGUAUAUAAAUUAUUUAUAGAUUUGUGACAUGUCUUAUUGCUAUAUUAUCGUACAUUUAAAAACAAAAAUUGUUUUGUCUAUUUAUACUUUUGUAAAAUGUAUUGAUCUUUUUCUAAUUGCAUAUGAGCUGCUCAUAUAAUUUUUAAAAAUAAUUUAUGAUAUCUUAAUUUACUUUGCCACAAUUGUUUGGUGUCUAUUAUAUAUUAUUUUUUUAGUGGAUCUAUUUAUAGAUUUUGUUUUGGGCCCCCAGAGGGUGGGGAGGGAAGAAAAGUUCAGAAAGUAUUUUAAUUUUGUUAUAUCUGGUUUAUGUAUAAAAUUACAGUAAUUAAAAUUUGUGUUUAUUUUAUAUCACUGAGAAAUUUCAUUACAAUACAUUCAAAUAUCAUUAUAACUUCUUUUGUGAAGGAAAUUCUGUAAUUUAAAUAAAGUACAUACUAAUUUG